AUGCAGAACUGGCUGAAUGGCUGCAUCCAAAGGGUCAGCAGCUCCACGUCCACACGGAGAUCAGUGACGAGCAGUGUCCUUCAGGGGUCCAUACUGAGACCAGUACUGUUUAAUAACCUCACCAGUGACACAGACAGCGGGACCGGGCGCGACCUCAGCAGGUCUGCAGACGACACGAAGCUGAGCGGUGCGGCUGACACGCCUGAGCGGCCGGAGCUCACCCGGAGGAUCCGUGGCACCGGUCUGCAGGCUCCCCGGCCCGCCCUGCGUUUGGCCUGCCCUGCCCUGGCUCCUCCCCCGGCAGCUGCCGAUACCAGCCAGCACUCUGGUGUUGAAGCUACUGUUCCUCUGAGUCACCUUAUCAAUGCCUUUCAUUCACCAAAAAGCUCCACUACUGCCAGCAGAGCAUCCGUACAGCCUGUGCAGAGGGACACCUCCCCAGAGCAUGAUCCUCAGAAGAGUGAGUCUGUACUUAGUUUAAGAGAUCUGGGAUUGUCUGAUUUGAAAGCUAACCAGUUCAGAGAGUUGGUGAACAGGUUACUUCCUGGCUACUGUGCAGAAAGCAAAGUCUCUUCGCAGUGGCAUACAUCGCACGUCUCUGCAGAGUCCUUCUUUGAAAAUAAGCAUGGUUUCGUGGAUGUUUUCAGUGCUUUACGCUCACCUUAUUUGUACAGACAUCAUCCUAAUCCCCUCCAAAAUUUCUGUUCAGAUGUUCGGUGUUGGCCAGUUUAUGUACAAUCACGGACCUUCAAGACUUUGAGAUCGAGAGCAAGACGUCUGCAGUCAACGUCUGAACAGUUCACAGAAACAAAAAAUUCACUUUCUUCACUUUUGAAGGGCUUUAUCCUGAGAAAGCGAAGAAUUGAUGUUGAAAACUUAGAUACGCUAAUGAAAACAAAAAACAUCCCAGAGGCACACCAGGAUGCUUUUAAAACUGGUUUUGCAGAAGGCUUUUUGAAAGCACAGGUAUUCCUGCAAAAAACACUUGAUUCCUUACGAAGAUCACGUUUGCUUUCUUUCUUUCUCUUCGUUCUUUGUUUUUAUCUUGCUAUUUAUUCAUCAUUUUUACCUGGGAAAGGCUCCUUUUCUGACGCUGUACGCUUUCGAACAUCGAGUAUCUUUGAUGCAGCAGUUGAUCCAAUCCAGCUGAAAAAUGUCACCUUUGAACAUGUAAAAGGGGUUGAAGAAGCUAAACAGGAAUUGCAAGAAGUUGUGGAAUUCCUGAAAAACCCUCAUAAAUUUACUGUACUAGGAGGUAAACUUCCAAAAGGUAUUCUGUUGGUUGGACCACCAGGUACUGGUAAAACUCUUCUUGCACGGGCAGUAGCUGGUGAAGCUGAUGUGCCAUUUUAUUAUGCAUCUGGAUCUGAGUUUGAUGAGAUGUUUGUUGGGGUGGGAGCCAGUCGCAUCCGAAGCCUGUUCAGGGAAGCAAAGGCAAAUGCACCGUGCGUUAUAUUUAUUGAUGAGUUGGACUCUGUUGGUGGGAAGAGAAUUGAAUCUCCAAUGCAUCCCUAUUCAAGACAAACCAUUAAUCAACUUCUUGCUGAAAUGGAUGGGUUUAAACCUAAUGAAGGUGUUGUUAUUAUUGGUGCAACAAAUUUCCCUGAAGCGUUAGAUAAUGCUUUGAUACGUCCUGGUCGCUUUGAUAUGCAAGUUACUGUUCCCAAGCCUGAUGUAAGAGGUCGUACUGAAAUUCUCAAGUGGUACCUUAAUAAAAUAAAGUAUGAUCCAUCUGUUGAUCCAGAAAUAAUUGCACGAGGCACCGUAGGGUUUUCUGGAGCGGAGCUUGAGAAUCUUGUAAAUCAAGCUGCCUUAAAGGCAGCUGUUGAUGGAAAAGAAAUGGUAACCAUGAAAGAACUGGAAUUCUCCAAGGACAAAAUUCUAAUGGGACCUGAACGUAGAAGUGUAGAAAUUGAUGAGAAAAACAAAACCAUCACUGCUUACCAUGAAUCUGGACAUGCUAUCAUUGCAUAUUAUACUAAGGAUGCAAUGCCAAUCAACAAGGCUACAAUCAUGACACGAGGAACAACACUUGGACACGUAUCUUUGCUCCCAGAAAAUGACAGAUGGAGUGAAACUAGAUCCCAGUUGCUUGCACAGAUGGAUGUCUGUAUGGGAGGAAGAGUAGCAGAAGAGCUCAUAUUUGGAAGUGAUCACAUCACAACAGGUGCUUCCAGUGAUUUUGACAAUGCUACUAAAAUUGCAAAACUGAUGGUGACUAGAUUUGGAAUGAGCGAGAAGCUUGGUGUUAUGACCUAUACUGACCCUGGGAAAGUUAGCCCUGAAACUCAGUCUGCAAUUGAGCAGGAAGUAAGAACACUUCUACGGGACUCGUAUGAGCGAGCGAAGAACAUCCUGAAGACUCACGCUAAAGAACACAAGAAUUUAGCAGAAGCUUUACUGAAAUAUGAAACUUUGGAUGCCAAAGAAAUCCAAGUUGUUUUAGAGGGAAAAAAACUAGAAGUAAGAUGAUAAGUUCUGGGAUACAGUAACUGAGAAUCUGAAGAAUGUACAUCUAGCAAUGCAGUAGUCUUACGCAGCAUAGCCUUUUUUUCCCCUCCUCGUGUGUAUGGCAUUAGUGACACUUUAAUAUUAUUCUGUCUCUUGUGAGCUUCUGUUAUUCAUCUAUUUGUUGUGUCUCAUCAGAAUAAGACACAAAAUAAAACAAGUUCCUCUUUGUCUGCUCCCUAUAUUCUUCCCACAAGAAGUUAUUAGGAAGGAUAAAUCUCAGGGUUAAAUUCAGCAUUUUGAUUCAAUCAGAUAUGUUGAAGCUGAGAAGGAAACCAUGCAGAUGUGCUGGUGUUUUGGCACAGCUUCCUGGGCCAUGAUGCUGCAGGGGUGAUACCCCACAAU